CUGACCGCUGCAGCAUCAGUCUAGUGCUCCCACAGAUAGCACCGGUCCAGGUCCAGUGGGACCCCAGCUGAGCAGAGAUGAAGUUGUUGGUUCUACUGUUGGUGAUGGAGUGCUCUUCAGCCCAUCAGAGAGGUUUGUUUCCUGCCAUCUUUAAUCUGGCCUCCAAUGCUGACAUCAGCAGUAAUGCCACAUGUGGAGAUCCAGAACCUGAGGUUUACUGUAAGCUGGUGGAACAUGUUCCCGGGCGAAGAAUCAAGAACCCACACUGUCCCAAAUGUGACGCCAACUCAGUCCUGUCCAAAGAACGCCAUCCAAUCACGAAUGCCAUUGAUGGAACCAACCAGUGGUGGCAGAGCCCGAGCAUCAAGAACGGACAUCAGUUUCACUGGGUCAUCAUCACACUGGACCUGAAACAGAUUUUUCAGGUUGCUUACAUCAUCAUCAAAGCAGCCAACUCCCCCCGACCAGGUAACUGGAUCCUUGAGCGCUCUCUGGACGGUGUGAAAUUUGAGCCAUGGCAGUUUUAUGCCAUCCAUGACUCAGAGUGUUUGACUCGUUAUAACAUCACACCGAGACUUGGUCCCCCUACCUACAAGAGUGACACUGAGGUCAUCUGUACAUCUUACUACUCUAAACUGAACCCUCUGGAGCACGGAGAGAUCCACACUUCCCUGAUUAAUGGCCGUCCUGGAGCAGAUGAUUUGACAUCCGCCCUCCUGAACUUCACAUCGGCCCGUUACAUCAGACUGAGGCUUCAGCGAAUCAGAACUCUGAACGCAGACCUGAUGACGCUGAGCACCCACGACCCCCGAGAUAUCGACCCCAGUGUGACCCGGAGGUAUUAUUACUCCAUCAAAGACAUCUCUGUGGGUGGGAUGUGCAUUUGCUACGGACACGCUCAGAGCUGUCCCCUGGAUCCUAUUACCAAGAAGCUGCAGUGUGUCUGUGAGCACAACACCUGUGGAGAAAACUGUUCCAAGUGUUGCCCCGGGUACCACCAGCAGCCAUGGCAACCAGGAACCAUUUCAGAUGGGAACACCUGCGAAAAGUGUAACUGUCACAACAAGGCAGUGGACUGUUUCUACAACCAGACAGUGUCAGAGCGCCAUCUGAGUCUGAACAAAGACGGCAUUCUUCAGGGGGGUGGAGUUUGUAUCGACUGUCAACAGAACACCGCCGGUAUCAACUGUGAGACCUGCAGGGAUGGAUACUACAGACCUGCUGAGGUGUCUCCAUACUCAGACUUUCCCUGUCUGGAGUGUGAUUGUGAUCUUAGAGGAUCAGAGUCUUCGGUCUGCUCCAGAGACAACUCUCGGCCAGGUCUGUCUGCAGGUCAGUGUGUAUGUAAGAAAGGUUUUACUGGUCGACGCUGUGAUCGCUGUGUGUUUGGAUACAGAGACUUUCCUCAGUGUAUUCGCUGCGAAUGUAACCUGUCAGGCAGCACCAACACUGACCCAUGCAGCCCCUGCACCUGCAAGGAGAAUGUGAUGGGUGCUCACUGCGAUCUGUGCAAACCAGGUUUCUACAACCUGCAGGGCAAAAACCCACUUGGCUGUACUGAUUGUUUCUGUUUUGGAGUGUCUGAUGUCUGCGAGAGCUCAGUCUGGAACACAACUCAGGUGUUUGUUCCAGAUGUUUUGCUCCAUCCAUCUUCAUCUCUCCAAACACCUGUUGCAGUCCAUAGCAAUGAUGUCCUCUUCUCCAGUAACACGUCGUCAGGUGCUGACCACCAACAGGAGCUGUGGUGGGCAGCACCCCAAAGUUUCCUGGGCAGUAAGCUGGCUUCUUAUGGAGGGUUUCUCAGCUUCUCUGUUCUGUAUGACAUCUCAUUAAACAAUGAAGACCGUUCCGUCCCAGCCCACUGUGACAUCAUCAUCGAGGGUAACGAUCGAGCUCUCCGUCUCUCGCCUCCUCGCCUCCUCCGUCUCUCUCCACUGGCUGAGCAAACGGUUGCCGUGGCAAUGGUCCCACAGUCCUUUGUAGAUGACCACACUGGUGCUCGUGUAACCCGGGACGACCUGCUGUUUGUCCUUGCUCAUUUGGAACUGCUUUUGGUCAGAACUCACCUGAACACCUCCACUGAUGGACCAAUACGUUUCAGCUUUGUCUCCCUGGAUAUUGCUGAUUCUAAAUCUGGUUCGGGGAUUCAGGCGGUUGCUGUGGAGAACUGUGAAUGUCCAUGGGGUUACAACGGCACUUCCUGUGAGGCAUGUCUCCCUGGUUUCUACAGAGUGGGUGGAGUCUUAUUUGGAGGAAACUGUAUGCAAUGUGAAUGCAACGAUCACGCCACCGAGUGUGAUGUGGAUGGAAUCUGUGUGGGUUGUACCCACAACACCACUGGCCCCCACUGUGACCAGUGCAUCCCUGGUUUCUAUGGUGAUGCCACGGAGGGGACAGCAGAUGAUUGUCAUGUGUGUCCAUGUCCUCUAACAGUGGCAUCCAACAGUUUCAGUCCCACCUGUGUCCUGGAGGCGUCUGGACAGGUGUUGUGUGACCAGUGUCAGCAGGGAUACACUGGGAGCAACUGUGACAGGUGUGCCAGUGGUUUCUAUGGUAACCCUCGUGUGGUGGGCGGAGCCUGUGUGGGCUGCGAGUGCAACGGCAAUGCCAGGACCAGUGAACCAGGACAUUGUGACACCAACACUGGGGAGUGUCUGCACUGCCUCAACAACACGGCAGGGAGACACUGUGAAGUCUGUCGGCCCGGUUACUACGGAGACGCAGUGCACUCUAAGGAUUGCCAAGAGUGCGGCUGUGAUGUCACCGGCGCCCUCUCCAGUGUGUGUGAUGUCAGGACAGGUCAGUGUUUGUGCAGCGAGAACGUGACGGGACGCACCUGUGACCACUGUCAGUCAGGCUUCUUUGGUUUACAAAGUAGGGGUGGCUGUAAACCUUGUAACUGCAUCCGAUCUGGAUCUGUCACCGAGUCAUGUGAUGAGGAAGGGCAGUGCCGUUGUGUGGAGGGCGUGGCCGGGACGAAGUGUGACCGUUGUAGCCGGGGCUUCUACGGUUUCCAUGGCAGCGGCUGCACAGCAUGCACCUGUGAUCACACUGGGGGGAACUGUGAUCCUGAGAGUGGGGAGUGUGUGUGCCCCCCCCACACUGAGGGAGACACCUGCGACAGGUGUGAGGCAGAAUACUGGGGUCUGAACCCCAACACCGGCUGUAAGCCGUGCAGCUGCAGUGUCACAGGAAGCUCGGCCCCCCGGUGCGACCCACUCACUGGCCAAUGUUCCUGCAACGAUGGCUUCUCCGGCCGGUCAUGUGACCGCUGUGCUCCUGGUCACUAUGGUUACCCAGCAUGCUCAGCGUGCGGCUGUGAUGUGGCAGGAACCGAUGCCACAUUCUGCAACUCCACGACGAGGGCGUGUGACUGUGGCCCGACCGGGGAGUGUGUGUGCAAGGCGGGUGUUUCCGGCCGGCGCUGUGAGGAGUGUGUUUCCGGCUGGUUCGGUCUGUCGGCUGAGAACCCCGACGGUUGUUCCCGCUGUUUCUGCUCAGGAUUGAGUCGGGACUGUGAGGAGCAGGGAGGACUGAGCCGGGUCCAGAUCUCUCUGGCUCCACCUCCAGCUCUCCUGUCCCUCGUCAGCCUGUCAAACUUGAAGGGUGUUGCAUCUGGAGUUUUCCUUCAGGGUGAUGAAACGUUACUGGAUACCCGCCAACUCAACACCAGCGGUCUGGCCGGCCCUCUCUACUGGAGGCUGCCUCCCCAGUUUGAAGGAAGCCAGCUGAUGUCCUACGGAGGUCUGCUGUCUUACGCCGUCACCUUCUACGCUGAGGACGGUUCCGGGCUGUCCAACCAGGAGCCCCAGGUGCUGAUGAGAGGCGGGCCCGUGAGGAGUCAGGUCAUAUACGUGGACAUGAGUGCUCCGAGCAACGGUGUGAGGACUCAGCACGGCGUCAGGCUGACAGAGCACAAGUGGAAGUACUUUAACUCGGUGUCUCAGAGGGCCGUGAGUCACGCAGACUUCAUGUCAGUCCUGAGUGACCUCCACUACGUCCUCAUCAAAGCUUCAUACGGGACCAGGCUCAUGCAGAGCAGGAUUUCUGGGGUUACAAUGGAGACAGCUGUGGAGGCGGAGUCACACAGCAGAGAGGGCGUGGCCAGGCUGAUCGAGUCUUGCGCGUGUCCGCAUGGAUAUGGCGGUCUUUCCUGUCAGGAGUGUGCGGCAGGGUUUUUCCGACAGCCUCAGUCAGAGAUUUCAUCUCAGAGCCAGAGGUCGACGUAUGUUCGUCCAUGUGUUCCAUGUCGCUGCAACAACCACAGCCAGAUCUGUGAUGCCGAGACUGGAGACUGUCAGGAGUGUCAGCACCACACCGUGGGCCAGCACUGUGAACUCUGCGGUGCAGGGUAUCAUGGGAAAGUCCGCGGCUCCAUCAGCGACUGCUCGCUGUGUGCCUGCCCCCUGCUGGACAACAGCUUCAGCUCUACCUGCAUGUCAGAUGGAUCAGGUGAUUUCCGCUGUACUUCCUGUCAGCCUGGCUACCAGGGCCGGUAUUGUGAGAGGUGUGCUGUUGGUUACCAUGGUAACCCCUCCGUGCAGGGUGGGCGGUGUUCCCAUUGCAACUGCAGUGAGUGGGGCUCCCUUCACCCUCGCUGUGACGUGCUGAUUGGACAAUGUGCUUGUAAGGCUGGCGUCAGGGGCCGGCUAUGUGACCAGUGUGAUGAGCGCCAUGUCCAGCAGGGAGAAGAGUGUGUGUCGUGUGAUGACAGCUGCACUGGCGUUCUGCUUGAUGACCUGCACAACCUGCACCAGCGGUUCCUGUCAGUCAGCGGCGUUGCCAUGGCACCUUACCGGCAGCUGGUGCUGCUGCAGAAUCACACCAAACACCUGGAGGUUGUGAUGUCACAGAACAGCUCUGCUGUACUUCUGUCCAGAGUGGAAGACGACAUGAGUCACGUAACGUCUGAUGUCAACGCUGUGCUGCAGCAGGUCAAACAUCUGUCCAACAAGCUGUUGGAACUGGGGUUGUCCAGCAACAGAAGCUUGAUCCGAAGUGCACGCCUUCUAGAGAGCAUCAGUGGCCUUCAAGACUACGUUGAGGUACUGCAGAGAGAGGCGGGGCAUCUGAACCAGGCCCCUGAGGAGGAGCUUCAUGCAACCAAACAGGAGCGUCUGCUGGAAGAAGUAGAGUCCAUGUUGGAAAGCAUCAGAGCUGUAAAUCUAACAGCUGCCAAGUCUGCCGUCAGUCAGGAGCUCAGCUUUGCAGAGUUGCUUGUCAACUUGCUGCAGGUUGACUUCCUGUCCAUCACGGUGGCACUGGAAGACAAGCAUCACUCCUUCAUCACCUCCCUCAGCGUUGCCGUGACAACACUGCAAAACACAAGCCAACUCCUAAACGAGGCUUCACAGAGAAACACGGAAAGCAACGUUCUUCUGGAGGAGGCCCACACUCUGCUGCACCGAUACCAGUCGACCCACCAGAACCUGACUGAAGAGUGUGUGUUGGUGGACGGAGUCAUGGAGGACAGUCAGCUGAUAUUGGCCAAUGCAGUUGGUGGGAUGGAGGACUUAAUGAACAGUAGUACCCAGGUGGAGCCGUUGGCCACUCAACUGGAUCAGUGGCGUCCCCUGCUGAGGAAACAUGUAGACAAUUUGGUCGUCAGACUGAAGAUGACCGACGCACUGGAGAGUGUUUAUCGUGCAGAAAACCACACCCAUCUACUCCAGAACCACGCCCACUCCUUGUACAGCUCCCUGUUGUCGGUCAGUAACAUGACUCAGAACAGCAGCCAUUUGGCCCAGCUCGAUGAUGACAUCCCAGACAAAGUGGACUCUGCCCAGAAGGAGGCAGCAACAGCACUUCUCUCUGCUUCCCUCGCGCUGAAUAUGACUAGCCAAUCAGAGAGUCAGGCCAGUCUCAACACCACGGCUGCAGUUUUAGAGGAAUGUCAACAAAUCAGUGCAGUGGCCAAAGACCUCAUGCUGAAUGUUUCCACGGGGACCAGCAGACUGCAGUUGGUCAGGGAUAGUGUGCAUAACUCCACCCACCUCCUCCAACAGCCAAUCAGAGAUCUGCAUAGCCUCCCAAAUGGUUCGUCGGUGCUGCUGCAGCUGGCUCACGUUCAGGCUGGAGCAGCGCGUUCUGGGCUGCAGCAGGUGCAGCAGCGGCUCCACAGGCUAAGAGAACAAGUGCAGCACGUUUCUUCUGUGGUGGACAACACCAACAAGACCGUGAGGGAGACCAACUGGCUGAUGUCUCACACUCACUCCGCAGCCAAUGAGGUGCAGCGCAAGCUGGAGGAAGCGGAGCAUCAGACUCAACAUCUGAUGGAGAAAAUCAAGCCGCUGAGCAUGCUGGGAGAAAUGCUCAGUAGGAACUUGUCUGACAUCAGAGAGCUGAUCGAUCAGGCUCGAAGACAGGCAGCAUCGAUAAAGGUGGCGGUCCAGGUGGACAGAGACUGCGCUCGUUCCUACAGACCCCAGAUUCGCUCCAGUAACUUCAACACUCUGAGCCUGACCGUAAGGACUUCCAGUCCAGACAACCUGCUCUUCUACCUGGGCAGCAACACUACUGUGGACUUUCUGGCUGUAGAAAUGCAUCGUGGAAAGGUUUCCCUGCUGUGGAAUGUGGGUUCAGGUAGCGCCCGUCUGGAGUUUCCAGGACUGGACAUCACCAACAACAAAUGGACCCGAAUCAACGCCACUCGGUUCGGGGCCCGUGGUGCUCUGUCCGUCCAUCAGCUGGACUCCCAGUCUACUCUGUUGCCAAUGGUGACAUCAACAUCUCCAGGUUCAUCCCGGAUUUUGGAUCUUGACGAACGUACGAUGAUCCACAUCGGAGGAGUAGCAGCUCGCUCCCAGAGCUCUGCGGUUCUGAAGUCCUCCUCCUUCAGCGGUUGUCUGGGUGAAGCUUUGCUCAACGAAAGAAACAUCGGACUGUGGAACUACCACAGCCGGCGGGGGAGCUGUGGAGGCUGCUUCAGCAGUCCCCAGGUAGAAGAGACUUCUUUCCACUUCGAUGGCUCUGGCUUCUCAUUGGUCCAGAAGUCCCUGAGAGCAACGUCCACGUCCAUUGUGCUGCAGUUUAAGACUUUGUCUCCAGGUGGACUGCUGCUGUACCUGGCCUCCAACAACACUAGGGACUUCCUGUCCAUAGAGCUUGUUGAGGGGCGUGUCCGUCUGACAUUCGACCUGGGCUCAGGUGCUCUGGUCCAGACAUCAAACAGGAAGUACAACACAGGAGUAUGGUACAAGAUCACCCUGCAGAGGAACAAACGCAAAGGUUACCUGUCCAUCAUGGCAACAGGCCACUCAUCAGAGAAGGAGGUUUUGGAGGCUGAGUCCCCUGGAACAGCGUCUGACCUCAACCGCUCCGACCGUGACCCCAUUUACAUCGGAGGACUUCCUGCCUCCAGACCAAUCAGGCGACAAGUGGUGUUCCGGUCAUACAUGGGCUGCAUAAAGAACGUGGAGAUCGCCCGGUCCAACUUUGAUCUGCUCAGAGAUGCGUACGGAGUCAGAAAAGGCUGCAUUCUCAAGGCUGUGAGGAGCGUGUCGCUGUUGACAGGAGGCUUUGUUCAAGUCACACCCCCAUUGUUUGGUCAUGAGGUGGAGCUCCUGUUCUCCUUCACCUCCAGAAACCAAUCAGGUGUCCUCCUGGCGGCCUUCAGUGAUGACCGUCCCCACAGACAGCAUUUCCUAUCUGUUCACCUGGCCUCAGGUGCUGUAGAGGUUGCGUUUGGUCAGGUGGGCGGAGCCCACCGAGGGGUUGCGGUGAUUCAAUCUAAUGGAGGGUCCUUCAGUGACGGACACAAACACUCUGUGAUUUUGACUUUCCACCGGAAGUCUCUGUCCUUGCAGGUGGACGAGGAACAUCUAAAAUCCAUCUCUCUUUCGCCAGAAGUUUUUUCUCGUUUUUUGCCUUCUUCGUUCUUCAUUGGUGGGGUUUCUCCAGAGAAGGAGGUCCUUUUGCCUACCAGAUUACAGGAUUUAUCCAGGUCGUUCAGGGGCUGCAUCCAACACCUGGCAGUGAGCGGAGUGCUCCUGGACCUAUCAGCAGCUGUUAGAUAUGAGGGGGCGGAGCUGGACAGCUGCCUGUUGGAAGAGAGGGCCAUGGGGGCGGUGCUUCCUGAGGACCUGGAUGUAGAGCCAACACCCGACCCGGCAAACCUGCUUUUAGCUCCACCCACACUCCUUAGUGCCCAAACACCUGGAGCAAUAAUGUGUGCAUCACAGGAAGAGCCAACAUUUCUGCCAUCAGCAACUCAGUUUGGUUUGUCUAGACACAGUCACAUGGCCUUCAGGAUUGAUCCCAACAUGGUCCGCAAAAAUGUGUCUGUGAGGUUAUCUCUCCGGAGCCGGGCUCAGGACGGGCUCAUCCUCCUCCUGUCUGACUCCAGACAGACAGACUUUGUGGUCCUUGGUCUGAAAGAGGGGAAGGUCCGGCUGUCAGCUAACCUGGGGAAAGGCCCUGCAUCCGUCACCUCCCUCGUUAGUGUUAGCGAUGGAGAGUGGCACUCUGUAAGGGCGGAGGUGAAGAGGCAAUCAGUGGCCGUCUCUGUCGACGGCUCCCGCCCACAAUCAGUCUCGGUUAAAGGGAACCAGUUGAACGUUCUCAGCACGGUGUACCUGGGAGGAUUACCUGACCAUGUGACCACCAGGAGGAUCAAUGUCAGUAGCGGUCUCCCUGCGUGUAUUCGAUCCGUCAGCCUGAAUGGUGCCACCUUGGAUCUUAGCAAGCCGAUCUCAAAGCACAGUAUCGCCUCCUGUUUCACCAAGGACCAGACAGGAAGUUACUUUAACGGCAGUGGAUAUGCUGAACUGAUGCAUCGAGGGUACAAGGUCGGCUCUGACAUGUCAGUGUCUCUGGAGUUCCGGACGAGCCAAUCGGAUGGAGUUUUCUUGGGAAUCAGCAGUGCGAAGGUGGAUGCUGUGGGACUGGAGAUGGUUGAUGGACAGGUGGUGUUUAACGUGAACAACGGGGCGGGCCGAGUGUCGGUGCGUUCCAUUGGGCGGCUGCUGUGUGACGGGCAAUGGCACACCGUCCUCGCCAGGAAAACCAAACAUCAUCUCCUUUUGACCGUUGAUGGCAGGAAGUAUUCCACCCCUAACCCCUACCCACAAUCCACCUCUGCUGAGACCAACAACCCGGUGUAUGUGGGAGGAUAUCCAGGAGGGGUGAAGCAGAACUGCCUGAGCAUCAGAACUGCGUUCAGCGGCUGUGUGAGGAACCUGCAGCUCUCCAGAACUCACCAGAGCACCAACCUGGACAUCAGCUCCGCACACUUCCUGUUGGGCGUCACACCAAACUCUUGUCCUGCUGCCUAGUAACCAUCAGUCAGCUGUUAUAAACCCUGGACCUGUAAAACUGAUGGAGGUGGAUGAAAUAAAAGUUCCUGUCCGGU